GCGAGGUCUGGCGAGCUAACGCCAGCGGGGCUGGGCUCCGGGAGACGGCGAGGGAGGUGUCGAGUGGAGUCGCCAUAUGGGCGCACAGAGCAGGGGUAGCGAUGAAAUCAGUGAGCUGAAGCACAGUCGCGGCCCGGAUGUUACAACGAUGUUGGAUGAAAAGCGAAGGGGAACGAACUAGACGCCUUAUUUCACUACCAUGGGGGUCGGGGGAUGAAGCACCACCUCGCCAUUUCGCUUAUAGUCAUUUUUUGAUGUCAUAUUAAGGCGGAGAGAAUGUAUGAAUUAAGAGAACCAUACGAAGGAGUAAAUUAUGUCAGCAACAGACUCGCAUUACCUAGCGAGGGACCGGGUCUCGUAUCAAACUCCGAACCAUCAAGACCAGCACCAUUAUCCUGGCAAGCUGCGAUCGAGGCGGCCAGGCAAGCUAAAGCUGCCGCAACCAUGAACUCCACGGAACCCAGCAGCACAGCAGCCCAAAGAAAACGCCAGCAAUUCGCCAAGAGCAAGAAACAGCAAGGCAGUACCGCGAAUAACAGGCCAGCCCGUGCCCUCUUCUGCUUAAAUCUCAACAAUCCCAUUAGAAGGGCCUGUAUUAGUAUAGUAGAAUGGAAGCCAUUUGAUAUCUUUAUAUUGAUUGCUAUUUUUGCCAACUGUGUGGCCUUAGCUAUUUACAUACCUUUCCCAGAAGAUGACUCUAAUUCAACCAAUCAUGAUCUGGAAACAGUAGAAUACGCCUUCCUUAUAAUUUUUACAAUUGAAACUUGUUUGAAGAUUAUAGCAUAUGGACUGAUGUUACAUCCCAAUGCGUAUGUAAGAAAUGGAUGGAAUUUGAUGGACUUUGUAAUUGUAAUAGUGGGUUUGUUUAGUGUUGUUUUGGAACAAGUAACCAAAGUAGAGAAUGUUGAUGGGCAAGCUACUUCAGGUGGUAAACCUUCAGGUGGUUUUGAUGUCAAGGCGCUCCGAGCCUUUCGUGUAUUGCGACCUCUGCGACUUGUAUCUGGAGUACCAAGCUUACAAGUUGUCUUGAACUCUAUCAUCAAGGCCAUGGUUCCCCUUCUCCACAUUGCUCUGCUGGUAUUGUUUGUAAUCAUCAUCUAUGCCAUCAUAGGAUUGGAGCUUUUUAUAGGAAAAAUGCACAAAACCUGUUAUUUCACUAACACAAAUAUAAUCGCAGAAGAUGAGCCAGCACCAUGUGCAUUUUCAGAGAAUGGCCGGCAAUGUCCCAUGAAUGGUACAGAAUGCAAGGGUGGGUGGCCAGGCCCAAAUGGAGGCAUCACAAACUUUGACAACUUUGCUUUUGCAAUGUUAACUGUUUUUCAAUGUAUAACCAUGGAAGGGUGGACAGAUGUUCUGUAUUGGAUGAAUGAUGCCAUGGGAUAUGAAUUGCCUUGGGUCUAUUUUGUCAGUCUCGUCAUCUUUGGAUCUUUUUUCGUUCUUAAUCUUGUACUUGGUGUAUUGAGCGGUGAAUUUUCUAAAGAAAGGGAAAAGGCCAAAGCCAGAGGAGACUUUCAGAAAUUACGUGAGAAACAACAGCUUGAGGAGGAUCUCAAGGGCUAUCUGGACUGGAUUACUCAGGCUGAAGACAUCGAUCCGGAGAAUGAGGAGGACUUUGAGAAUGCCGAGAAACGAAAUCGGGUAACUCUGGCCGAAUUACUCGAAAAGAAGAAAGGAAAAUUUGCAUGGUUUAGCCAGUCAUCUGAAACACAUGCAAACCUGCCUAUUGGUGAAACUGGAUCUGAUAACACAGAAAAUGCUGCGGGUGGAGGGAGUGAGAAUGCAACAUGCUGUGGGUCAUUAUGUAUACGAAUUUCUAAAUCAAAGUUCAGCCGACGCUGGCGUCGUUGGAACCGUUGCUUAAGAAGAAAAUGUCGAGCUGGUGUUAAGUCUGUUACUUUCUACUGGCUAGUUAUUAUUCUUGUUUUUCUCAAUACAUUAACCAUUUCAUCAGAACACUACAACCAGCCCCUUUGGCUAACAUUAACUCAAGAUAUUGCAAAUAAAGUUCUUCUGGCUCUUUUUACAUGUGAGAUGUUAGUGAAAAUGUACAGUCUGGGUCUGCAGGCUUACUUUGUGUCCCUCUUUAAUCGCUUCGAUUGCUUUGUGGUAUGUGGUGGAAUAAUAGAAACCAUCUUGGUUGAACUGGAAGUUAUGUCUCCUUUGGGAAUAUCGGUCUUUAGAUGUGUUCGGCUUCUCAGAAUUUUCAAAGUGACAAGGCACUGGCAAUCACUGAGUAACCUGGUGGCAUCUCUGCUGAACUCCAUGCGAUCCAUUGCUUCACUGCUGCUACUGCUCUUCCUAUUUAUCAUUAUCUUUUCACUCCUGGGGAUGCAGCUCUUUGGUGGCAAAUUUAACUUUGAUGAAACACAAACAAAACGGAGUACCUUUGAUAACUUUCCGCAAGCUCUUCUCACCGUAUUCCAGAUUUUAACUGGUGAAGACUGGAAUAUGGUGAUGUACGAUGGAAUUAUGGCUUAUGGUGGACCUUCCUCCUCAGGGAUGAUAGUUUGUAUAUACUUCAUCAUUCUUUUCAUUUGUGGUAAUUACAUUCUGCUGAAUGUCUUUUUGGCUAUUGCUGUAGAUAAUUUGGCUGAUGCUGAAAGUCUUAACACAGUUCAAAAAGAAGGUGAAGAAGAAAAAGAAAGGAAAAAAAAUCUCAGAAACAACAGUUCAGGGCAAAAGGAAGAUGGGAAAUACGAAGUUGAUGGAGUGGGGGAAAAUGACAGGAAAAUACUUACUGGCACUCAGGUUUCAAUUGAUGAACAAGAUGAUGAUAAGGAUCCUUACCCACCCAGUGAUGUACCAGACGACGAUGAUGAUGAACCAGAAGUUCCUGUUGGUCCCCGACCUCAAAGACUUGCUGACCUAAAUCUCAAGGAGAAAAUUGUCCCCAUCCCGGAAGGGAGUGCUUUCUUCCUGUUUAGCAAUACCAAUCCGAUCAGAGUCUUCUGUCACAGACUUAUAAAUCACAACAUCUUUACAAAUCUGAUCCUGGUCUUCAUUAUGCUCAGCAGCAUUUCCUUGGCAGCAGAGGAUCCUAUACGUAAUCAUUCCUUUCGUAAUAUCAUUCUUGGUUAUUUUGACUAUGCUUUUACUGCCAUCUUUACUGUUGAAAUCAUAUUCAAGAUGAUGACAUAUGGAGCAUUUUUACACAAAGGUUCUUUUUGUAGAAAUUACUUCAACUUGUUGGACAUCUUGGUUGUGGGUGUAUCACUUAUUUCCUUUGGAAUUCAGUCUAGUGCUAUUUCAGUAGUGAAGAUUCUUCGUGUCUUAAGGGUUCUAAGACCACUUCGAGCAAUCAACAGGGCGAAGGGACUAAAGCAUGUUGUACAAUGUGUAUUUGUUGCUAUUCGAACCAUUGGUAACAUCAUGAUUGUUACAACUCUCCUCCAGUUCAUGUUUGCUUGUAUUGGGGUUCAGCUGUUCAAGGGUAAAUUCUACCGCUGUUCAGAUGAAGCAAAACAAUUACCUGAAGAUUGCAAGGGCACUUACAUUCUAUAUAAAGAUGGUGAUGUGGAUCAUCCAGUCAUUCGUGAUCGAGUUUGGUUCAACAGUGAUUACAAUUUUGACAAUGUCCUUUCAGCGAUGAUGGCAUUGUUUACAGUAUCAACCUUUGAAGGCUGGCCAGCAUUGCUAUACAAAGCAAUAGACUCAAAUGGAGAAAAUAUUGGUCCCAUCUACAACAACCGUGUGGAAAUAUCUAUAUUCUUUAUUAUCUACAUCAUUAUUAUUGCUUUCUUCAUGAUGAACAUCUUUGUAGGUUUUGUGAUCGUUACAUUUCAGGAGCAAGGAGAACUAGAAUAUAAGAAUUGUGAACUGGACAAAAAUCAGCGUCAAUGUGUAGAAUAUGCUUUGAAGGCCAGACCACUCCGCAGAUAUAUCCCAAAGAACCCAUACCAGUAUAAGUUUUGGUAUGUGGUAAACUCAACCGGAUUUGAAUACAUCAUGUUUGCUCUCAUCAUGUUGAAUACACUGUGCUUGGCUGUACAGCACUAUGAGCAAUCUCCAUUUUUCAACUCCACAAUGGAUAUCCUGAACAUGGUCUUCACUGCUGUAUUCACUGUAGAGAUGGUUUUGAAACUCAUAGCUUUCAAACCAAUGGUGUGUGUGAAAAAAAAGGAGAGAUGGCUAGGCUAUUUUAGUGACUCCUGGAACGUGUUUGACUUCCUCAUCGUUAUUGGCAGCAUUAUUGACGUCGUACUCGGUGAAAUUGAUCCUUUUUCAAAGACAACAGAGAGCUCCCCUACAGGGGUACCUGGGAAUUCUGAGGAAAAUUCCAGAAUUUCUAUUACUUUCUUCCGCCUCUUCCGUGUAAUGCGCUUAGUCAAAUUACUGAGUCGUGGUGAGGGGAUACGUACAUUGUUGUGGACAUUUGUUAAGUCCUUCCAGGCCCUUCCAUACGUUGCUCUUCUGAUAGCCAUGCUGUUUUUCAUCUAUGCUGUAAUUGGCAUGCAGACUUUUGGCAAAGUUGCCUUGCAAGACCACACACAGAUAAAUAGAAAUAACAACUUUCAGACUUUUUUUCAGUCUGUACUGCUUUUAUUCAGGUGUGCCACUGGUGAAGCCUGGCAAGAAAUCAUGUUGGCAUGCAUGCCUGGAAAACUCUGUGACCCAGAGUCAGAUUAUGCCCCAGGAGAAGAGUAUACAUGUGGUAGCAACUUUGCUAUUGUAUAUUUCAUCACAUUUUACAUGCUGUGCGCCUUUCUGAUUAUAAACUUAUUUGUGGCUGUCAUCAUGGACAACUUUGAUUAUUUGACACGUGACUGGUCCAUCCUGGGUCCUCAUCAUUUGGAAGAAUUUAAGAGAAUAUGGUCCGAGUAUGAUCCAGAGGCAAAAGGAAGAAUAAAACAUCUUGAUGUGGUUACACUACUUCGACGUAUUCAGCCACCAUUGGGCUUUGGAAAGCUUUGUCCACAUCGAGUUGCAUGCAAGAGAUUGGUCGCCAUGAACAUGCCUCUGAAUAGUGAUGGAACUGUAAUGUUCAAUGCGACCCUUUUUGCUUUGGUGAGAACAGCUUUAAAAAUCAAAACAGAAGGCAAUCUUGAUCAAGCUAAUGAAGAGCUGAGAGCUGUUAUUAAAAAAAUCUGGAAACGAACCAGCAUGAAGUUGCUAGAUCAGGUGGUGCCCCCAGCUGAUGAUGAUGAGGUAACCGUGGGGAAGUUCUAUGCCACCUUCCUGAUACAGGACUACUUUAGGAAAUUCAAGCGACGCAAGGAACAAGGCUUGGUAGGAAAGCAACCCAGAAAGAAUACCACAGUUGCUCUACAGGCUGGGCUUAGAACCCUACAUGACAUUGGACCUGAAAUUCGUAGAGCAAUUUCAUGUGAUCUACAGGAAGAGGAUAUUAUAGAGGGGGCUCGAGAAGAUGAUGAGGAUAUAUACAGAAGAAGUGGUGGCCUUUUUGGCAACCAUGUCAAUCAUAUGGCUGUAGAGGAAAGGAAUUUUUUACAACAAACAAAUGUCACACAACGACCUCUGCAGGUUACACGAUCCUCAACUCCUCCAACCGCUGAUUAUGACAAACACCCUCCUUCCACCAACACUGAGAAUUCCAUAUCGCACAACCAGCAUAACCACAGUUUUCAUGGAAAGGUAUCACCAAAUUCCACUAAUGUGAACCUCAACAAUGCAAAUGUAUCCAAAACUGCAAAUGGAAAAGAUAAUGGCUCCUUAAAUCAUGAACAGCCAACAGGAAAAAAUCACAAUUCCCAAGCAUCAGACCAAGAAAUCCCAAGGAAAUCAAGCACCAGAAGAAUACGUUAUUAUGAAACUAAUACUAGAUCAGAUUCUGGCGAAAGCUGUCUGCCCACAAUUUGUCGAGAGGAGACAAGACCAGAUGAUUGGUUUGAGGAGGAGCAAUAUUCAGGAGAUCAGGAAUAUUAUAGUGGGGAGGAAUACUAUGAAGAGGAUACUAUACAAACAAUGGAUAAGCAAAUCCAUAGAGACUAUCAGAAUCAAAUUCAAAAUAAUGACGUGGAUUUUGAAAGACCAAAAGGCUAUCAUCAUCCUUGUGGUUCCUAUGAAGAUGAUGAGUACCAUUAUUACAUUGAACCCCGGCGUUCGCCACGGCGACGAUUGCUUCCACCUACACCUACAGCAAAUCGGAGACCAUCCUUCAAUUUUGAGUGUCUACGCAGGCAAAGUAGUCAGGAUGAUAUCUCCCUGUCCCCUAUAUUUCAACAGCGUACGGCUCUGCCACUACAUUUAAUGCAACAUCAGGUUAUGGCUGUGGCAGGAAUGGACUCAUACAAAAGUAGGAGGCUCUCACCAGCACGAUCAACACGUUCCUGGGCAACACCUCCAGCUACACCACCCAGCAAAGAGCGCUCACCUUACUACACACCCCUGAUCCGCGUAGAUCGUGUUGAUUCCAGGGAAAAUAUGAAUGGUAGCUUUCGCUCAAUGAACAGAAGCUCUUGGUAUACAGAAGAUGAUGACAUUCCAUAUAAAACAUAUACUCCAACAAAGUUAGCCGUCCCAAAUAGCUUCCUACAACGGUACCACGAAAAACGAGGAAGCGCAGACAGCCUGGUGGAAGCUGUUCUAAUAUCAGAAGGUCUUGGGCGUUAUGCAAGAGAUCCCAAAUUUGUUUCAGUUACAAAACAUGAACUUGCAGAUGCCUGUGACAUGACAAUUGAUGAAAUGGAAAGUGCAGCAAGCAGUUUAUUAAAUGGCGGUCUUCACAACGGAACUACUGGAGAUCUACUUUCCAUUAAAAAUAGGCGUGACUAUGAGCUACAGGACUAUGGCUUUGGAUACAGUGAUGAGGAACCAGACACUGGUAUCUAUGAAGAGGACCUAGGAGAUGAAAUGAUAUGCAUCACUACUUUAUAGCAUUUGGUAUGGAAUAAUCAUUUAUACAAAAAUUAAGGAAGUGCCUCAUAGUCAAGAAAUUCUUAUGGCACUAACUAGGUCAGGUAACCAAUAGAGUGACUUCCAUGUGAUUCUGCACUCUUAUAAGUAAAAGUCCUAAUUGGUGACAAUCUGAUCAAAUAACCUCUAUUUUGUUCUCAAGUACAGCAGUAUGAUCUGAUGAUAAUGUGGUCAAAUAGAAGAGGUAUGAGCCAAUCAACAAACUGGCAUGCACAGACAAACUGAGGACCAAGGAGAAAAUUGUAAGAUGAAGCCAUAAUUUAAUCAUACAAGGCUAGAGGCAUUCUCAGUCAAAGCAACGUGCACCCUUUUGUUUGGAAGGAAGAAGUAUAUUAUUUCUAUAGUGAUGCUUGUAGUUAAAAGGAAAAUAUUAUAAAGGUGAUGACAAUCAAAUAUGACAUGUUGUUACCUCAGAAAUACAUUUGGACUUUUGGCUGGGAGCAAGUGAUGGCAUAUCAAAAUAUUUAAAAUUAUAAAACAUAUCUUCUGAUUUUCAGAAAUAUGAACCAUUCUGAAGUUUUUUAACAUUCUGCAGCAAAUCUCAAAGUAUUAUUUUUCAUGGGCAAAAAUUGCAGUUUUUUUCACCUUAACUAUUUUAUUGUGAGUUUACCAAGGAUACAUCUCUUUUUUUUUUGUCUUUUUACAUCAGCUAUGGAGGGAACUUAAUCUUCUGCCAACUAAGAGACUUUAUGAGCAGAUUACACUGGAAAUAUGAAAGAUAUUCAUUUUCUUUGUAAGGUUAAUUUGAAGCUUAUAAACUGCUUUUCUUGCAAAAUAAACAAACUGUACAUGGUUGUAACAUAUAACAAAUUUGUAUUUGUAAAGAGAUGUUCUAUAUUUUGUAAUCCUGGUACUGUAAAAGAUAAGCAGCAAUAUUUAUGGUUCAAAUUUAUCAUCACAAAUUCUAUAGAUUCUUGUUAUUUUUAAUAGAAGUACAAAUUCAUAAGUAAUUGUACUGAUAGAGCUGCCUUUUCUUUGUGUAUGAUUCAAGAUUAAUUUCAGAGUUUUGAGCUAAGUCUGGAGCCAAAGGGAAAAAAAUGACUUUGGCAAACAGUUUUUAAAUUAAAAUAAAAUAUAAACCUAACUUUACACAGGAUAUGCAAAGAUAAUUUAUUUGCACUCUUACUUGGAAUUAUAAAUAUUUAAAAAUAUUAUUCUUGGUACGUUUUUCAUCCUUUCUAAAUCACUUGUAGUAAUUAGCAAUUGUCACUGCCUGACCCAUUUACUGAAAACUACAUUGCUGUUCUGAAGCAAAAUCAUUUUGAGUAAGUUUCAGUUGAAUCAGACAAGGGAUUCUUCAAAAAGAAAUCAUAGUGGUUUCAGUAAAACAAUCUGAUUUUUGCAUAUCUUGUAUACAAUUUCUCAUGACAUCAAUAGCUUAUAAUGGGGCUGCAGAGAAUGAGGUGGGCUAAAUGUUUUUGUAAUUACCAGCAUUUGCAAUAUUUUGCUGAGAACUACAAAUGCAUGCAACUGAAGGGUCAAGUUCCUGUAGUAAUGAUUCUUCAAAUGAGGUAUUAUCAACAUGUGCAUCAGUAUUUUAUGCUUUUAAUUUAACCAAAUGUGUUCAUUUGCACACGUUUUCCAUUGCAGAAACUAUGCCAUGGAGCAGGUCUUUCUUAAUUAACUGAAGACACUUUUUUCAAUGUACAUUUUCAGAUGCUUUUUUAUGUAUUUUAAAUAAUGGCCUGUUCAGUUGCAGGUACAUUACUAGCAGCGGCCACUAGAAUCUUUUAAACUGUACACAUUUUAAACACUUGUGUAUAUUCUACUACUAAUAAACAAAAACAAGAUGUUUUACCUCAGUCAGGGAUAAAUAGGGUUUUAAAUAGUUUUUAUUCCAUCCCCAAGGAGGGUGUUCUUGAUCUUCAGUUCACUGAUUAUGGCAAUCUAUGAUUGCAUAACUGUUUCCUUCUGUUCAACCUUCAUGACUACUUUUAUAUGAAAUAAGCCUUUUGUGUAGUACAGUAUUUGUAUAUUCAGUUUAUAAGGUUGUACUAUUUUGUGAUUGUAUGUAUGGUACCAUAAGCUCUGUAGCCGUAUUUUCCAUUCUACCAUACCAGUGUGCUGGAAAUGUACAUAAAAAUAGUGUAUAUUUCUGUAAGUUGAAACUAUUCAAACCAGAGUAAAAUUUAGUUGAUUUCUCACUAGACAAGCCAGAACAGUUAUUAUUAUUAAAAUAAUGGGCAAAACAAGAAAUUUCUCUAGUUGACCUUUAAUCCCGACUUUUUAUUCCUGCUGUACUUCCAUAGUAGAUACUAUAAACUAACUUUUCACAAAAAUGCAAGUCAGCAUUUCAUGACUGGAUUACAGUUCCUGUAAAUUUUGUUUUCAGUUAUCUUGUACAGCCUAUUGUUGUUCGAAUGUGCCUGCCACAUUUAAAAUUCUUUAAGAUAUCUGUUGUUGCUGCCCAACUCAAUUUAGAGCAUGUACAAACCAAACAUAUUUGUCUUAAUGAAUAAAAAGAAUGUAUGGGCUAAGACAUUACCUUAUCCUGUACAUAAUAAACAAGU